UCCAGGCUAUAGAGUAUAGAACUUUAGAGCAAUUGCUUUUACUUUUAUUCGUGGAUAUAAAUUCCAAAAUUUAUACAAUUGGGACGUCUUAUUCUAUUCCAAAGUAAAAAAUGGUGGUUUUUCUACUUUUGUCAAGCAUCAUGUUUUUCGUUCAGGGCACUUAUCAUUCUUCAGCUUGCAAAGCGCCAGUUGGUCAUUACUGUCCUUCGAUAAAUAAUCCAGCACAUUUUGUAAAAUGUGGCAAAGGAAGAUAUCAAGACAAAGGAGGUCAAACAUCUUGCAAAUCGUGUAAGGAUGGAGAAUACAACAUUGAAACUGGACAAUCAAAAUGUAAUGUUUGUCCAGUUGGUCAUUCUUGUCUUCGUAAAAAUAAAUUACCUGUAAAGUGUCGUAAAGGUCAAUAUCAAGAACAAAAAGGAAAAACAUUGUGCCGAGUCUGCCCAGUUGGUAAAGUUUGUCCCUCAAUAGGACUUGUUAAACCAAACAAGAAAACUCGAGAUAUAAUACCUGACAAAUUGCUGGCGAUUCGUAAAGCUGCAAAAUAUGCCCAGCAGGCCUACGAAGAAGUAAGGCCUGUUGAUUCAAGAUUGUUGGACACGGGUGACAGACGAGUUAAAGGGUUUGUCAAGUACGAAGAUAGUACGAUCGUGGUAUCGUUUCAGGGUUCUGCAGACUUAAUAGACUGGAAAAACAAUCUCAAGUUCUUGCAAAAAUCAUAUCCAGGCUGUCCAAAUUGCAAAGUACACAUUGGAUUCUUUGACUCUUAUAGUCCACUGAAGCAGCAAAUGCUCGAUAAAGUAAACGCUUUUUUUCUUCUCAAUCCCAACUCUAAUGUUUUAGUCACAGGUCAUUCACUUGGAGGAGCAAUGGCUACCUUGGCGGCAAUUGAUUUGGCAAAGAUUAGAUAUCAGGUCGAUUUAAUAACCUUUGGCUCACCAAGAGUUGGUAACAACGAAUUUAAAAAACAUGUUGACAGUAACUUGAAGGGAUUGAAUCUUAGAGUGACGUACAAGAAAGACCCUGUCACAGUCAUUCCUCCACAGUCAUUCGGAUAUCGGCAUGUCGGGGGAAAUUUUUUGCGUUGGUCCAGGCCAAUGCGAUGAAUAUCCAACAAACGAACCUCCAAACGAAGAUGCAACGCGCGUAAGAGGAAACAUUUUGGAUCAUUUUAUGACGAAUUAUCUUUCAAUAUAAAAUAAAUGCAAUAUGGACAAAUUUAGAAGGAUUAUGAGAAAAUGUUAAGCUCAUUUAUUCAUUUCAUGUUAUCAUGAUGUUUGGUCUUUUACUGUGUUGCUUCAUUAAUAGAUUACCUGUUGGCAUACCACAAGUCAACUUCUUCAUCUCGUCCUCGACAAUGGAAGUGUAAUUGUACAGCAUGAAAACGCACUUUAAGUUUGAAUAUUCAUCACCAUUCACAGAUGUUUGUAACGUGUAUUCUGUACAGAAACUCGUUAAUUUGAGGGGGGAGCACAAGUUCUUUUAUGCAUUUCCUAAUCCGUUGAAAACAAUGGAUUUCUAAGGAACUUAAUUUGCAGAACAAUAAUAUAUGAAUAUGUGCCCCCAAUUAACGAGUUUGCUACGCCACUGGUUCUUUGCGAAAAUCAAAAGUAAAUAUUUUUUUUGAAUACGUUGUAAGUUUUUAAUUUAAUUGUUUCGCAAUUUUCAAAAAGGCUUAUUAAUGUGGUUUUCCUAGAAAUAAACCAUGUUGAAAAUGUUGUGUUAAACUCUUCACUACUGUUGUGUUGUCACGAAAGUAAUUUUGCUGUAAACUAAAUAUAAUUUCUUUGAAGAGAUUUUAUAGUAAUUAAUUCAAACGAGUUUUGAGAGCAAAAAGUAAAAAUGGUUAAACAUAA